AUGGUGAUCCCAUCUACCUCCGAACCCGGGGUCACAAGUGCCUUCACCAAUGGGUAUUCGGUGUCUCCCGUCGCCGAUGCUACCAGAUUCAAAGACGAGUCACCAGCGAAUGACAAUGGGAGCGCUGUCCCUCAUUCCCCCGAAGAUGAUGACGCUGCCUCCGUGUCCUCCGCCGAUCCAGACCCCGCGGACGACUCGUAUAAUUCCGAUUCUCCCGAUGCAGAGGGGGAAGCUGAUGGAUUUGGGGUGGGAAAUGGCAUGAAAGCUAUCAGUCCAUCCGUUGCUGAAAACUCUUCCUCCCCCGAACCAACACGGGGCACGAAGCGCAAAUCGCCCUCUGUCGAUGAUGCGGACCUAAUUCGACAGAAUCCUGACUUAUACGGGCUUCGUCGAAGCGGUCGAGCUCGUACGACACGCAGAAUAGCUGAAUCGUCAGACUCAGAGUCCGAUGACGUGGCACCUCGCUCUAAGCGUCGACGCGCUAUCCCGUCACAUCUAUCCUCCAAAGCUCCCUCACGUUCCGCGACCCAGUCAACAUUCUCUGACGAUUCCGAUAGCGAUGAAUAUGGGGGUAGUCGUGCUCGUGCAAGCAAGGCGAAGCGUCGGCGACUACUUCAAGCGUCUGCAAAUAAUGUUCCCUCUCAUGCGGAGGUUCGUUUCUCAACAAGAAAUGCUGCUAGGGUCUCCAACUAUAACGAGGAUGAUGAUGACUCAAUGUUCGAGGAUGAUGUGGAAGAUUUAACGCCGAGUUACUGGGUAAAUGCGGUGGAAGAUGACCGCCCAGCAAUAGACAUUGUGCUCAAUCAUCGUCCCAAGGAGGGCGUCGAUCCCAGUGACCCGGAUGUUGAUCGUCAUCAGUUCGAAUUUUGCAUCAAAUGGCAAGAAAAGUCCCACUACCACGCGACGUGGGAGACAACUGAAACCCUAGCCAACUGUCGGAGUAUACGCCGUCUUGACAAUUACGUCCGGAAAAUCCUUGCUGAAGACUUACGUUUGAACUAUGACGAAGGCGUACCGCCCGAGGAUCGAGAGAAAUGGAACCUCGACCGGGAAAGGGAUGUGGAUGCUAUUGAGGAUCAUAAGUUCGUGGAGCGAGUUAUUGGCAUGCGCGAAGGGGAAGAUGGCACAGAAUAUUUGGUGAAAUGGAAGCGCCUCUUCUAUGACUCUUGUACAUGGGAAGGUGAAGAGCUGGUUAGUCAUAUUGCUCAACGCGAGAUAGACCGUUUCCUAGACCGUUCCUCGCGGCCACCGGUCUCGGAUAAAAAGGAGUCGAUCCCGGCCAGUCGCAAACCCUUCGAACCCAUCAAGGGAACACCGAGCUUCUUACAGAAUGGCCAACUCAAGGAGUUUCAAGUCAAAGGUGUCAAUUUCAUGGCAUUCAACUGGGUGAAAAAUCGCAAUGUUGUCCUUGCAGAUGAGAUGGGCUUAGGAAAAACCGUACAAACAGUCGCAUUUAUCAGUUGGUUGCGCCACGUCAGACGUCAGCAAGGCCCCUUUGUGGUAGUCGUCCCUCUAUCUACAAUGCCGUCCUGGGCUGAGACGUUCGAUAACUGGUCCCCGGAUCUGAAUUACGUUGUCUAUAAUGGAAACGAAGCCUCUCGCAACGUUCUCAAAGAACAUGAGCUCAUGGUGGACGGCAACCCUCGACGACCGAAGUUUAACGUGCUCCUGACCACCUACGAGUAUGUUUUAGUGGACUCAUCAUUCCUCAGCCAAUUCAACUGGCAAUUCAUGGCAGUUGAUGAGGCUCACCGACUAAAAAAUCGGGAGUCUCAACUAUAUAUCAAACUUCUCGAAUUCAACUCACCCGCCCGUCUCCUGAUCACCGGUACGCCUAUUCAAAAUAACCUGGCCGAGCUUUCGGCCCUCUUAGAUUUCUUGAAUCCAGGCCUGGUCGAAGUCGAUGCGGAUAUGGAUUUGAACUCUGAGGUUGCAUCCGAGAAGCUUGCCGAGCUGACGAAGGCGAUCUCACCGUUCAUGUUACGCCGAACGAAAACAAAAGUAGAGUCUGAUCUUCCGCCCAAGACAGAGAAAAUCAUCCGUGUUGAACUCUCCGACGUCCAGUUGGAGUAUUACAAAAACAUUCUCACCAAAAACUACGCCGCGCUGAACGAAGGCACCAAAGGACAAAAGCAGUCACUCCUAAACAUCAUGAUGGAGUUGAAGAAAGCAAGUAAUCAUCCAUUCAUGUUUCCUAAUGCGGAAGCCAAAAUUCUUGAGGGUAGCACCCGUCGGGAAGACGUAUUGCGAGCUCUGAUUACCAGCAGUGGAAAAAUGAUGCUUCUUGAUCAGCUUCUUACCAAGCUGAAGAAGGAUGGGCACCGUGUUUUGAUCUUUAGUCAAAUGGUGAAGAUGCUCGAUAUCCUGGGAGACUACAUGGAGUACCGUGGCUACACAUAUCAGCGCCUUGAUGGGACAAUACCCUCAGCCUCACGUCGCCUUGCCAUUGAGCAUUAUAACGCACCCGAUAGCAGCGAUUUUGCAUUCAUUUUGUCCACUCGAGCAGGUGGUCUCGGAAUCAACCUCAUGACUGCAGAUACCGUGGUUCUGUUUGACUCUGAUUGGAAUCCUCAAGCUGAUCUUCAAGCUAUGGCGAGAGCACACCGUAUUGGCCAAACUAAGCCUGUCAGCGUGUAUCGUUUGGUGUCUAAGGACACAGUUGAGGAGGAAGUGAUCGAGAGAGCCCGUAACAAACUCCUUCUGGAAUUUAUCACGAUCCAAAGAGGCGUUACAGAUAAAGAAGCAUCUGAAAUUCAAAACAGAAUGGCGCGAGGAGGUGUCACUCUUGGCGAACCCAAUUCUACCGAUGACAUUUCCCGAAUUCUCAAGCGCCGUGGGCAGAGAAUGUUCGAGCAAACUGGCAACCAGGAGAAAUUGGAGCAGCUUGACAUUGAUUCAGUACUCGCAAACGCUGAGUUACACCAAACAGAACAGGCUGAAGGUAUUCAAGCGGAUGGAGGCGAAGAGUUCCUUAAAGCGUUUGAUUACGUUGAUAUUAAGGUUGACGACCUCACGUGGGAUGAUAUAAUUCCCAAGGACCAACUCGAAGAAAUAAAAGCCGAGGAAAAGAAGAAAUCGGACGAGAGAUACUUGGCAGAUAUGAUUGAGCAGAAUCGGCCACGCAAGCGUGCUAUCGCAGGGGAUGAACGGGACACCCGCGCAGAACGGAAGGCCAAACGCCAAGCACGAGUCCAGGUCAGCAUGAAUGAUGGAGAUGGUGAUGAUUCAGAUUCACAUGUACAGGCAGACCCAAAGCGUCCGCUUGUGGAGAAAGAGUAUCGUCACCUCCUUAGGGCCUUCCUACGCUAUGGUGACAUUGAUGAUCGAGAAGAGGAGGUUAUACGUGAAGCACGCCUAACAGAACGCGAUAGGGAUACCGUCAAGGGCGGACUCCGUGAGAUAACCGACAAGGCAGCGGCUUUGGUUCAGGAGGACGUGGCGCGAUUAGAAGCUCUCGAAAACGCUGGCAAAGUUCUCACCAAGAAAGAGAGGAAGGCGGUUUUGUUUGACCUCCAUGGUGUCAAACGCCUCAAUGCAUACACUAUUGUUGAGCGUCCCGCCGAGAUGCGUGUACUAAAAGAAGCAACGCUAGCGAUACCUGAUUUUAGGAACUUCCGCGUUCCGGAGGCAACAAAAGCACCUGAUUAUUCAUGCCCAUGGGGUGCCAGAGAAGAUGGCAUGCUCUGCGUUGGUAUCUCGCGCCAUGGGUAUGGUGCUUGGAUGCAGAUUCGGGAUGACCCCGAUCUCGGACUGGCAGAGAAAUUCUUCCUGGAAGAACACCGUGUUGAGCGCAAGACGGAGCGGUUGAAUGCAGACGACAAGACCACAAAAUCACCCGGCGCUGUCCACCUUGUUCGGCGAGCCGAUUAUCUUCUGUCUAUCCUUAGGGACAAGGCUAGCAACGGGUCGAGCACUACUACGAAGCGAACUGUGGAAAACCAUCAUCGCAAUGCCCGGAAGAGCCAUUCUCGCCCACAAGCUAGUGUCUCAGCGUCUCCUGCGCCAUCUCUUCAACGUAAGGGGCACCGAGAGCAGGAUCGAACGCGCCAUCGCUCCCACACCCAUGGUGGCCGAGAGAGCAUGGAGCGGCACAAUACGCCGAACCGCGAUUCUCGAGGAAGAUCUGCCCUCGAACCUGAACGCCGGCACAGACCGUCCGAUGGCUCAAGUGAAGAUGUCCGUCGUCGCAAGAACAGUGAAAAUGGCCAUUCCCAGAGCAAAGAGGACAUGUCACGUCGGUUCUUCAAACCGAUCCGUGACGAUCUCAAAAAGGUCGCAGAUGUCACCAAAGACAGUUUCCCCAACAAGGCAGAACGCGCCCUGGAGCUUAGACGCCUGCUCAACAAAAUUGGUGACUUUAUCGUCAGCAACCUUGGGGGGGAGAAUUCAGCUUCUCUCUCCUCCCUUGAAACUCGGUUAUGGCAUUAUGUUUCGGCUCACUACUGGCCGAAUAAAGACGCAGGAGGAGCCAAGCUCCAGGAAAUGUACCACAAACUGAUUGAUGUUCACAAAAAAGCGGCCGUAGCCAAGGUCUCUUCGAACAGGGACUAG